CGCCGGUCCCCCGCGCCAUCCUCGCCAUAUUGUUUUGUUGUGCUCGAGAUUUCAGAACGUGUGGCGUAGAAAAUCUCAGAAACAAAUUCGCAAAAAUGUCUAAAACGAAGAAAAGGAAACAUUCAAGGUCAAGAUCAAGAGAAAGAUCAAGGAAUGAUGAUAGGAAGCGUAAUGCGACCGAGGAAAAGCUCGAAAAAUUACGAGAAAAAGUAGAUAACCUCACCACGGUGAUUACGACGUUAAUACAGGCACGGGAAAAGCAUAAGGCUUCAGAUCGAUCAUCUCCGGAAACCAGCGAAGUAAUUAUAAACAACACUGACCUAUCAAGGACAGAUGAAGUGGAGUUAACAACGGAUGCGGACACAGUUCCAAACAGUCUCGCCGAAAAAGAAAACAUUUCCGAGGAAAUGUCGAAAAUGUUAGGGGAAGAUCAAGAUGCAAAAAAAUUGAUCGAAGUAAAGUUCCAUUCCGAAUUACAACUUAGAUGGCAGAAAUGGAUGAGAGAUGGAUUGCCCGAAGGGAAUAAAAAAGCAAUCCUGGAGAUGUACCCGAGAAAAGGGGACCUUUUCUCGGAAGCCCCAAAAAUAAAUUUGGAAAUAUUACCUGCCUUAACGGAAAUAGCGACUAAGAGAGAUCAACAUUUUGCCGAAACGCAAAAUUGUGUAGGAUCGGCCAUUGCAGCGGCAGUGUCCAUGCUACUAGAAGGACCUGAAGAAGGCAUAGAUCAGGAGAAAUUUACAAAGUAUCUAUGUGAUGUGGGACAACUGUUAACCGAGGUUUAUCACCAACAAUCGUAUCAAGAAAGGCUUUCAUUACACCUCUGAUGAAUAAAGCAGUAAAACCAACAUUGGAAGCAGCAAAAUCAGAUCAAUGGUUAUACGGCGAAAAGUUUGGAGAGCAAGUAAAAGAAGCGAAAUCGCUAGAAAAAGCCUGCGCUAAUAUUAAAGCUCCGGAAAAAACUUCAAAUUUGCGACAAUCUCUAAGACCUUGGAAUCAGGGAAACGCGAGAUUCCCACCUGUCAAAUAUCGACAGGUGGGUUAUCAACGAUACCAGCAGAGGCCGUAUCAACGGAGGAAUACGAUUCGUUUCAAACCGAAGGAUCAGAAAGCGACGCACUCAUCAAAGAAAUCCAGCAGUCAGGCGACGACGAGCCGGUCAUCGUCGAAGAAAUAAGGGUAACGAAUAUAGCAGGACGCCUGCGUAAUUAUAGAAAAAAUUGGACAGCUCUUACGUCGAAUAGACAUAUUUUGAGUUGGUUAAAGGGAUAUAAAAUUCCGUUUCAAAGAGUUCCACGUCAACGUAGAAUCCCAACAAGCAAAAAUAAUUCAGAAAGCCAAUUAGCCGAAAUUGAAUUAGAAAUCAAAACGAUGUUGACUAACAAAGUCAUAGAAGAAUGUUCAGAAGUUAGGGAACAGUUUAUUUCGUCAUAUUUUCUUAUUAAAAAACCGGAUGGAUCGAAUAGAUUUAUUUUUAAUCUUAAAAAAUUAAAUAAAUUUAUAGACACAGUACAUUUUAAAAUGGAGGAUAUUCGAUCAGUAAAGAGUUUGAUGACACAAAAAGCAUUUAUGGGUUCAUUAGAUUUAAAGGAUGCUUAUCACGUAGUUCCUGUACACAAAGAUCAUAGAAAAUUUCUCCGUUUCAAAUUUCUUGAUAAGCUAUACCAAUUCACUUGCCUCCCCUUUGGGCUUUCUACCAGUCCGUAUGUAUUUACAAAGUUGAUGAAACCAGUCAUGAACCAUCUAAGACUACGGGGAAUAGUGACAGUAAUAUAUCUAGACGAUAUACUUUUUAUACACAAAUCCAAGAAAAUCUGUCAGAGUAAUAUUAAUUAUGCUAAAGAAUUAAUGGAACAUCUAGGUUUUAU